AGCAGUCGUCAAGUCCCACCCCUAGUUUGAUGUCAGUGUUGUACUGUCACCCUGCACAAACGAACGUGGAAUUCCUCUUGCCACUACAAUCGGAUUUCUUUUAUCAGACUGAACUCAGCCGUCCUGGUGUUUGUGUAUGCAGCAGUAUGGAUCUGGCGAGGCAUCUAACGGAGAAGGACCGCUUCCCUGCAAUACCUCCAGCCCGGUCCCUGCGCCUGCUGCACGGGUAAGGAGGUUCGCACAGGAGCGGCGAGCGGUCCCCCAGCCCAGAGUGAUGGUGGUAUUUUCGGGCCAGACCGAGACUGACAAACCAGGCGAGGCGAUGUCGAGUUCGGAUUCUGCGGAGGACGAUUUCCGAAAACCAGCCAGUCCUAUACCCAAUUUAAACCUGAGCAAGCCUCUUCGCACAUAUAACGCGUCCCAGGAGUUCCCAGAAGUCAUCCCCUUGAAUGUGGGCGGCACCUACUUCACCACACGUCUUUCCACAUUACGCCGAUAUGAGGACACUAUGCUGGCCGCCAUGUUCAGCGGAAGGCACCACAUCCCCCGUGAUGCUGAGGGCCGUUUCUUCAUCGAUAGGGAUGGAGCGUAUUUCGGGGAUAUUCUGAACUUCCUGCGGGAGGGGGAGCUGCCUCAGAGGGAGCGUGUGCGGGCAGUGCACAGAGAAGCCCAGUACUAUGCCAUAGGACCCCUGCUUGACAGUCUGGAGGACACCCAACCACUCACCGGGGAGAAGGUGCGACAAGCCUUCCUCGACCUCCUCCCCUAUUACAAAGACAAUCUGGAGCGCAUUGUAGAGAUAGCCAAGCUGCGGGCCAUGCAGAGGAAGGCGCGCUUCGCCAAGCUGAAGAUCUGCGUCUACAAGGAGGAGAUGCCCAUCACGCCCUACGAGCGGCCGCUCUUCAACUCGCUGCGCUUUGAGCGCUCGGAGAGCGAGGCCAAGCUGUUCGAGCACCACUGCGAGGUGGACGUGUCCUUCGGGCCGUGGGAGGCGGUGGCCGACGUCUACGACCUGCUCCACUGCAUCGUGAGUGACCUGGCGGAGCGCGGCAUUACCGCGGACCAGCAGUGCAUCGGCGUGUGCGACAAGCACCUCAUCAACCACUACUACUGCAAGAGGCCCAUUUACGAGUUCAAGAUCACGUGGUGGUGAAGGAGGUCUCCCUCCCUUUUUCUCCUCCAGCCUCCACUCCCUCACUGAAAAUGAGGAUGGACACUAGCCACGCGCGAGAGGCCCUGUCCGACUCCGGGUCUGAAACGAGACGGUCAGGGCUGUGGCACCCUCUCCUAAGGCAUCUAA